CGACGUGGAGAGUGUUCACUGGGGCGACACGGACGAGGAAGACGAACAGGAGGAAGAUGAGAAGUACGUCGAGAAGCUCUCCUCUGCACACUGCGCUCUGUAUGCCAUGGCGAUAGAGGCUGGCUUGGACAUGCGCCACAUACCGAACCACCGGCAACCUUUCCGCGUCAGGUGCGCGUUGCACGAUCCGCACAAGCUAGUGAUAUGCAUCUACUCGAACUACGAGCUGGCGUACAUUAUCUCUGAUGCCGCCAUUGCGAAGAUGCAGAAGCGACUCGGGAUACAGGAAGCACUCGUGUGGUACGUGUGCAGUUUAGAUCCCGGCCGACGUGGAGUAGGAUUGCUCCUAGGUGGUAACUAUUCUGUUCGAAACCAUGCCUUGCUGGUGCCCCGUACUGUAAUCAGGCGAUGGUCGGUCUCGCCCAUUGGCACGGACUCGAAUGGACGUGUAUAUCAGCAUGCUCGCCACUUCCUCUUUGGUCUAGUUGUCGAUAGUGUAUCUAUUGUGGUGGAAGUUGUCAAUAUUUACGACAUGGCCACUGUUGUCGUGUUGCCAUGCACUUGAAGAGCCCGCCCACUGAUAUACGGUUGCGAAUCGAGUACUUAUGA